CACUUUGGGUAAUGCAGGGUAGUGAAAUUGUAGCUUUGAAUUCGAACACAUUCACCUUGCUAUACAUAAUGCAUCACCAAGCGGAACAUGUGCGGAAAUGGAGGUUUUAUGUAUUUAUCAUUAUUUGUGGAUUGACGUCAACCCCUGCCACAGCAAUUACUCCCGAAGCCGAAAACCUUAUUCGAACCUGGUCGCCUUUGAUCUGGUUACAUAGUGAGGAAAAAUUCCUACCGAGUUCCGUAGAAUUCUUCUUACCUGAAGUAACAAUUCAAAAUAACGAAAGUGCAAUCGUCCAGGAAUAUGUUACCCCUGAAAAUCUUAUAGGCGGUGAAGCGAGUGUGACGUUACAUAUGCAAACGCGAGAACCUUUAGAUUGUCCGUCUUGUUACAACCUGGAUAUGUUUUUCGGUCAGGCGAUUGAGAAUGGUGGAGUACCGACCUACACAAUCUAUCGUGAAUACGACGAUGCGUUUAACACGCUGGACGUUUCUUAUUUUGCCUUUUACCCAUAUAACCGUGGGAAGGAUGCAUGUGUCGGUGUUCCAAUUAAUGGGAGCUGUGCAGGAGCAGAAAAAAAUCUAGGAAAUCACGUAGGAGACUGGGAACACAAUGCUUUGCGUUUUAGAAACGGGCAGCCGUAUUUGAUUCACCUUAACGUUCACAGCUUUGGCGCUUAUUAUGAAUGGAAUGAGACUACACAAAAUUUUCAAUUCCUUGUCGGCGAAGAAGUUCGCUCUGCGGUUAACCCGAAUUAUGACGGCAGUCCUUACGAAAAGGAUGCAAGGUAUGAACCGCGAUAUCCGCCUACCGUUGAGCUAAUGGGAACUCAUCCGAUAGUGUACAGUGCAAAUGGCUCGCAUGGUCUUUGGGGAUCACCGGACGUGCACACCUACGUUCCGGGUUUACCUCUCCAGGACUUCACCGAUGAAGGAACCGCUUGGACAACAUGGGAUAACCUUAUUCUCAUUCCGUGGUUGCCGAGCAACGUUAGCUACGAAGGAAAUUUGAACUGGCUAAAUUUUCUUGGGGACUGGGGUAACAGCGCCGAAGGGUGUGAAUACGAAAUCAUUACAGGGGAGUGUGAACUUGGUUCGGGACCCAGUGGUCCAAGAAGCAAAGUUGAUUUCCCAGAUCCACAACCUAAGACAUCUAUGGACAAUUGAUAAUUGAUAGCCCUACAGACACUACAACACAAAGAAAACUUGUCCCUAUACGCGAGUCAUCCUUUGCAUAUGGCUUUGCAUUUACUUGCCUUAAAUAAAACAGAAAUAA